AUGUCACAUUCGAGCGCCGAUCCCCCUGCACCGGCUGGCUCAGCUGUGGUGAUGAUCCCCCGCUUACCUCCACCCCAGUUCGAGCCUCGCGCGGAGGGGCAGCCUCGACUGUCCUUGUUCACGGGCACCACGGGUGAGUUCGAAGCGCUCAAUCGGGCCUUCAAGCGACCACGGCAUGUCCAGUCGGAACCCGCACCCUCGCCAUCGCUCGAGACGGCUGGAGUCGAUUCGAAUCGAGGAUGCGCGGCGACGGUAGAUCAGCAGCAAACAUCGGCAACGGCGCCGAGUGAAAGCGCGGGUGCGAAGCGACCCCGGCUCAGCUUAUCGACCCCGUCACAGACCUCGUGUACACCCAUCGUUCGACAACUUACACCCGGGGGCCAGGACCAAAGUGCCCAACCCCUCCGAUUCCAGGGCGCUGCCUUGGUUAACGAGGUCCUGACUCGGAUCGUGCUUUUCCGACCGGGAAACACAGAGCGCCGAGCGAGGUGGGGCGGCGACCCGAGGUUCUGGGACGAGUAUAGCGCGAUCGAGUGUGCACUCGUCACGUUCACUGACGACAAAGCCGCACACGCUGUAUUUUCUCCCACCCUCUUGGCCGAGUUCAAGAAGACUCUCAUGGGCCAAAUGACGCUCGCGUGCGUCAAUUUUUCUCUGAUCUCAAAUUGGCGGGAUCUUGUUUCGCCGGCUCUCCAGUGGUUGAGCUGAUACGUGAGCUUUUCUGCCUCUGUGCACCCAUAGACAAGCAAUGCCCUUUUCCUGGCAGCAAUUUGAAACCGCGAUGAAGCGCGUGCAAUCCUUGAUCAAUCACCUCCGAGCGCUUUACUGCUCGACAUGCCUGUGUCAAGCUCUGCCCCUGGUCGUCGAGUCGCAAUGGAUCGACAUCGUCCGGGCACCGUCGAACCCCCAUUCGAAAAAUCCGCAGAAUUCUCCUCCUCCGACCCAUGAUUCGCCUCCGCUUCCAUCCACGGCCCAUUCUACAACGUCUCGCGCGAGACCAGAGUCGUCGCCGGGGAACCAAGACUGUUCGCGAUUUAGACUUUCGCCUCCCACAUCGAGCUUGCUUGAUACCGAACAGCCUUCCACCUCAGCAGUCAGCUCUCCGACACAUUCUUUGGGCCAUAAUUUGCCUGCGAUUGCGCCAUCGAGCGUCAUACUUCCUCCACGACAUCGAUCUCGGCUUGGAAUUCCAGGAUCCGCCGCUUCCCAGGGACCAUCGCCUCCACCGACCAGCACCACUUCACAAAGCUCAAAGCAAGGCUUGAACUCGAAUCCUUCGCUAGGUGUCUCGUCUGGGAUCGUGUACGGGACUAGUGCAAGCUGGGACGCGUCGCCGUUCCUCUCGAACAGCGCCAGGGAACAUCCCACCAAGGGAUCACCACUCAAUCGUUCCCCGCCCCGAUUCCAGUCCCAAUUUGGACCGUCGCCCACGCCCCUUCCUCCUCGCAUCUCUCAUAUACAAGAAUCUUCACAUUGGAGUCAACCUCGACAGAUACCCCAAUCUCGGCCCGGCCCCGUACAUCCGCAUCCCCAAGGGCUAUUAACGACGCACCGAUCCCCUCCUCUCGGUGGCUCGGCCGGCCCAUUCCCCCCUCAACAACCUCAGAUGCCGAUCGAGGCCGAGUUGGAAAGAAUCUACCAGAUGGGAAUAUCGGCGGGUCGACGUUACGAGCAUGAAAAAGUACAUGGCAAGGAACGAGCUAGAGCGGAAGCGGAGACACCCUCUCAAGCCUCGGCUCCGCCCCGACUAUCCCAGGACUUUGCCCAAGCGCUGGCGCAACCGCAAGCGUCAAUGCAGGCGACGGAAAAGACGCAAAGCCUGGCAAAGGUCCAGAUGCAAGCUUCGAUUCGAGCACCCGUCCCUCAAGUAGCUCCUCCGCCGAACGGUUCCGGCCACGGGCAAAUGCAGUCGCCCGCGCCGAUUUAUGUAGCCUAUCGAGGGAGGCUACCGCAGACACCCGGACCCAACAUGCCGCAGAUGGUUAAUUCGAGGCCGAUGCAUUAUAGCGCAGAUUUUUCGCCGACUCUACCACAUGAUCAGCUUGUCGGUGUCCCCGAUCGAGUUCCUUCACCGACCGAACAGUUCCGCGCAUCCCUGCAUCGACCUCCCGCUUUCAUCGAGGGCACCGAAGGCCUGCCGGAACAUUUUGGCCCCGUCUAUGUGCUCCUCAACUUGGCCACCACGCCCGACGUUGCGAAAGAUGUCCUCGGCUUCCUAUUGGACACUCUUCCCAUUUCGACUGCUUUGGACGUCAUUGUCACGCGGCUGCGCGAAAGUGCACGUCGGUUCAUCACGCGACCUCCGAAAGAUCAUCAUCAGCUCCUCAUGCGCGUGGUGCCGUUUUACAAUGCGUUCGCCAAGCACACAGCCGAACAGCUCAAGUUGGGCCGGAUGAGCCUCCAAGCCUUCAACGAAGGUACUCUGCGCGUGGAUCGGACCGAGCAGGCCAAGAUCAUGGGCGGCUUUGAGCAGGCUAAGUACGCCGACAGGGUGUGUGAGAUUUUGGCGAGAGCGAUCGAUACGUGGCAUGCGCAUGUCACCAAGAUUCUCGGCCCGACGCCCGUUCCCGCGCCUCCUCGUUCCCGUUCGCAGAGUGGUGAAGGGCAAGGAGUCCAGCUUCUUCAGAACGGUCAAGCAGGUGUUAUGCCGUCAAUUAGUCAUCCGACGCGUCUGUCAUCAUCACUCGGAACGUUGAGCGUACGCCCCGCCGGGAAUGAUACUGGGGCACCGUUAGAUCGUGCGAUCAAACCCACCCACCGAGCGUCGCGCAGCGAGUCAAACGUGGCUGUUCCGCAAAACCCUCCUCCGUCAAACAAUGCAGGAGCUGCGCCAAGGAGAGUGUCUGGUCCCUCACCCGUUCCUGCAGAGACGAACUUUGCCGUGGCACCUCAGUCGAGGCCGUCGUCCCGUCUGAGCCCUCCACCUCAGCCUGUGCAACCACCACCGACGGCGCGAGACAGGCUUCGAGCCAAACGCGACAAACUCGUCCCUGCACUCGAAAAGGUGAUGCAAGCUGUAGAGUCGUUCCAAACGCAGUCGUCAGCGCACGAAGACUAUGCGGCACUCGUUCAACGCUUCGAGAAGGCCAAGAUCGAGCGCGAACGACAAAAAAGCGCCGCCUCCGCCGCUUCUGCCUCCCCUACUUCUUAA